GUCAAUAUUGUCAAAUUGGAGGUAACGCCACCAGCGGAGAUGCGGAAAGUCUGUAUGAACAUCGAUGUCAUGAUGAUCCAACUUGCCGUUCCCUGAUGUGAUUUCGGACAUGGAAGCUCCAACUACCGGUCAAGUUGACCCUUCCCCGUACGCACAUUCACAGGUCAGAGGGAUCGUGGGAUCUAUUGCAAAAUCACACAUCAUGCACUGCAAUCCUGAUACAGAAAUAGUCCAUGGACGCCUUCUGAAGGAUAUUAUAGCUCCCGAGAACAGGCAGAAGGGCAAGCAGGUGGACAGAACGGCUAGUGAUAUGGAGCUCACAGUAUCGCCCGUGAUGGAUGAUGUUCUCAGAACUGGAAUUUCAAGUCCGGAUCGAACCCUAGCUAUCAGCAAUGCGAUGGACACGGACGGCAAAAUCCUCGCCCCUAUCUGCCACAAUGAAGACGUGACCGAACAGGAUCGCCUGUACGCCACGAAGCUGGAUGAUGGUGAUGAUGAUGAUGAUGAUGUCGCCCGUGAUGCACCAGUACCUACUCCCAAGGAAUCAAACUUUGACAAUCCGGUGGCCGACGACAGUUUGUUCGUUGUAUUGGGGGAUCUCACGGACCGCCUGGAUUUGACACAAAAAAGCAACGCCGGCGAAGGUCCGUCGCCUCGGCCAUCUUCCCAGCAGGCGCCCGCCAUGGUCACCGAAUGUGUGUCUUGCAUAGAGCAGUUCGAGACCAGUGGCAUGCUUUUGAGCGCCUGUGGCCACAGCUUUUGCCUUGACUGCACGCGGCAGAUGGUCCUCAGGACUAUCAAGCACGAAGAGUUGUAUCCACCCCGAUGCUGUGGGCACAUCAUUCCCCCAGGCACGGCGUUGCGGGUCCUGAACUACGAAGAGUUGUGCGGGUUCAGCGACCGAGCCCUGGAAUACAUGGCCAAAGACCUCAUCUACUGUGCGGUCCCGACGUGCUCCAAGUUCAUCCCACCCUUUGCCAUCGACGAUGAUCACGGCACCUGCCCCGCCUGUCAACAAAAGACACAUCUCCCCUGUCGGUCCCUAAAGCACCCCGGUGUGGACUGCCCUACGGACAAGAACCUGCAACGUGUGCUCGCCAUGGCCAACUCAUCGAAGUGGCAAAGGUGCUUCCAUUGCCACACCAUGGUGGAGCUACAGCAGGGAUGCAACCAUAUACAAUGCCGAUGCGGUUGGGAUUUUUGCUACGUCUGCGGGCAGGUGUGGGGAACGUGCUUUUGUGAUCUCAGGACCACCGAACGACGCAUCGAACGGGCCAUCAUAUGGUUGAGGAGGCGGUGGUGGAGGAGAUGGCCCCUGGGGGGCCUCCGAACGUCCACAUCUGCGCUUGUGGUCAAGUGCUGGAGGAUCUGCUCAACCACGAAGAUGUCGGAUGUGAGCAUCACCGGAACUCACGGGGAGUUUAGAGUAUGAGGUCCACAAUCACGACCGGUCCGACUAUAUGAAAGAAUUUACGAAUGCGGGCGUGCAAUCGCUGUCGCCGGCAUCGUCUACGAUAGCGGCAUUGGCAACGAGACAU